CAUCAAGCUGCAAUAUCCAAGCCUUGACAUUGCGAAGAUGGAGGCUGUUAUGGUCUAGACCAGGAAACAUAGAAAGCAGAAACUGCGAGUUUCAGAGCCCUGUUAUGACAACAUUUCCAGUUGGUUCAGGUGGAGGCAGGAGGUGUGAGUAGAGUGCAGUAGACAUCAGCAGCAUGUACUCCGAGUGGCGAUCGCUGCAGUUGGUGGUGCAGAGUGACCAGGGCCACCUCAGUGUGCUGCACACCUAUCCCACCACUGUGGGCACGGAGGUGGCAAAUGCUGUGGUCAAGCCUCUUGGCACGGCUGUAAGCCCUGUCGCCACAGAGAACAUCCUCAAGACAGAUAAGGAGGUGAAAUGGACCAUGGAGGUGCUGUGUUAUGGCCUCACCCUCCCCCUAGAGGGGGACACAGUCAAGCUGUGCGUGGAUGUGUAUACAGACUGGAUGAUGGCCCUGGUGUCGCCCAGGGACUCGAUGCCUCAGCCGGUGGUCAAGGAGCCCAAUAUGUACGUCCAGACCAUCCUCAAACAUCUCUACAAUGUCUUUGUACCAAGGCCUGAACAGCACAGUCUGAACCACAUCAGGCUUUGCCAGCAAGUUCUGACUGCGGUCCAGAAAUUGGCACGCGAGUCUGUUUCCAUGGUGAGGGAAACCUGGGAGGUGCUGCUGCUCUUCCUGCUUCGCAUCAACGAUACAUUACUUGCCCCACCCACGGUUGGAGUUGGGGUGGCAGAGAAACUGGCAGAAAAAUUGAUGGCAGUGCUGUUUGAGGUGUGGCUACUGGCUUGUGCGCGCUGCUUUCCCACGCCACCAUAUUGGAAGACAGCAAGGGAGAUGCUGGCCAACUGGAGACACCACCCUCCAGUGGUGGAGCAGUGGAGCAGAGUGGCCUGUGCCUUGACCUCCAGGCUUUUGCGCUUUACCCACGGACCAUCCUUCCCACCUUUCAAAGUUCCUGACGAAGAUGCCAACCUGAUUCCUUUAGAGAUGGACAAUGACUGUGUGGCACAGACGUGGUACCGCUUUCUCCACAUGCUGAGCAACCCAGUGGAUCUGAGCAACCCUGCGAUAGUGAGCACCACUCCAAAGUUUCAGGAACAGUUUCUUAACUCCAGUGGUAUCCCUCAUGAAGUGGUGCUGCAUCCGUGUUUGAAACAGCUACCCCAGAUCUUCUUCAGGGCCAUGAGGGGCGUUAGCUGUCUAGUGGAUGCCUUCUUAGGUGUCUCUGUUGAAAAGAGAGAUGUACGAGAGAGGGUGUUCUCUUUUUGCCAAGUGCUGCUUUCUCAUGGUAUAUCACGUCCCAGAGCUGACAGUGCCCCGCCCACCCCAGUCAACAGAAUGAGCAUGUCCCCGCCCCCCUCCAUCACCAACACCACACCCCCUCACAGCCGCAAGCAACGGCAUACAGUGGUGACCAAAACCACGAGCAAGAGUUCAACUAGCAGUGGUAGUCAGCCAACCAAAGCAUCCCAGCAGCAGCAGCAACAGCAGCAGCAGCAGCAGCAAGCUUCAUCCUCUCCGACCCUUCUUUCCAGUCCCAACCAGAGCAGCUGGGAGUCUCGGCCCCUGCCGGCCCCAGCACGGCCGAAGGUCAACAGCAUCCUCAACCUGUUUGGCCAGUGGCUUUUCGACGCUGCUCUGGUCCACUGUAAGCUCCACAGUGGCCUCAGCCGGGACCCCAGCAUGACCGCAAUAGCCACUCAAGUAGGUCUGGAGCUAAGACGGAAGGGUUCUCAAAUGUCCACCGACUCCAUGGUAUCCAACCCCAUGUUUGAUGCCAACGAGUUCCCAGAGAGCUACGAGGCAGGAAGAGCUGAGGCCUGUGGGACUCUCUGCCGCAUCUUCUGUAGCAAGAAAACUGGAGAAGAGAUUCUGCCAGUUUACCUGUCCAGGUUCUACAUGGUCCUGAUUCAGGGGCUCCAGAUCUCCGAUUUCAUCUGUAGACCAGUUCUGGCGUCUAUUAUUCUGAACUCUUCCUCUCUCUUCUGUACUGACCUGAAGGGCAUCAAUGUGGUGGUGCCCUACUUCAUAGCUGCCCUGGAGACUAUUGUACCAGACAGGGAGCUGUCCAAAUUCAAGAUGUAUGUAAAUCCUACCGACCUGAGGAGAGCCUCCAUCAACAUCCUGCUUGCCAUGCUGCCGUUGCCACAUCACUUUGGCAACAUCAAGUCAGAGGUUCUAUUGGAAGGAAAAUUCAAUGAGGAGGAUGGUUGGCCUCAUGACCAGCCCGUUUCUUUCCUGUCCCUGAGGCUACGUCUUGUCAAUGUCCUCAUAGGAGCACUGCAGACUGAGACUGACCCCACCAACACGCAGCUCAUUCUAGGUGCAAUGCUGAAUAUUGUUCAAGACUCAGCACUGUUGGAGUCCAUUGGUGCACAGACUGAAACAGGGAGUAUAGAUGGAAGCCACAUGACAGUGAGGAGUCAGAGUCACAGCCGUACCAACAGUGGCAUUAGUUUCACCAGUGGGGGCAGCACGGAGGCCACCAGCCCAGACUCUGAGCGUCCUGCCCAGGCCCUGCUCCGAGACUACGCUCUUCCAGAUACGGCGGCAGGCCUGCUGGUGCGCAGCAUCCACCUGGUCACCCAGAGACUCAACUCGCAGUGGAGGCAAGACAUGAGCAUUUCACUGGCUGCCCUGGAGCUGUUGGCUGGGCUCGCCAAGGUAAGGGUGGGAGUGGACUCUGCGGACCGUAAACGCGCUGUCAGCUCUAUAUGUGGGUACAUUGUGUAUCAGUGUAGCCGUCCAGCUCCUCUACAAUCCCGAGACCUGCACUCCAUGAUUGUAGCUGCCUUCCAGUUUCUCUGUGUGUGGCUCACAGAGCAUCCCGACAUGCUGGAUGAGAAGGAUUGUUUGGUAGAGGUUUUGGAGAUUGUGGAGCUUGGCAUCUCUGGCAGCAAAUCCCGACAGGAACAGGAAGUCCGACAUAAAGGGGAGAAGGAACACAACCCAGCUUCAAUGAGGGUGAAGGAUGCUGCAGAGGCAACUUUGUCCUGCAUCAUGCAGGUGUUGGGGGCCUUCCCUUCCCCCAGUGGGACUGCCUCCACCUGCAGUCUGCUGAAUGAAGACACGCUGAUUCGCUAUGCCAGACUGAGUGCGACAGGAGCCAGCAACUUUCGUUACUUUGUCCUGGACAACUCGGUCAUCCUCGCCAUGCUGGAGCAACCGCUCGGCAAUGAGCAGAACCCCAGUCCAUCAGUGACAGUUUUGAUUCGAGGGACGGCUGGCAGACAUGCCUGGACCAUGCAGCUCUUCCAUCAACCCAGAGGAGCUCGGGCCAAUCAGAGGCAGGUGUUUGUUCCUGAGGGCCGUCCAGCACCCAACAAUGAUGUGGGGAUCAAAUACAAUGUCAAGCAGAGGCCCUUCCCUGAAGAGGUGGAUAAGAUUCCUCUUGUCAAAGCUGAUGUCAGUAUUCCUGACCUGGACGACAUUGUCAGUAGAGAGGUUGGUUGUAUGGGCUGGCAGGAUGAUUCCAGAGCUACAAAUACAGUGAUGAGUAAUUACCCACACCUGGAAGUCCAGCAUGACAAGCUCCGUAUUCUGAUGACCAAGCAGAUAGAGUAUGAGAACGCCUUGGAGCGGCACAGCGAGGAAAUCUGGAAGUCCAAGUGUUUCCCUGACCCACAGACGGACUGCAAACCCCCUCCACCCUCACAGGAGUUCCAGACAGCGCGCCUCUUCCUCUCCCACUUUGGCUUUCUGUCUCUGGAGGCACUUAAGGAGCCCAACAACAGUCGUCUACCUCCUCAUUUGAUUGGCCUGGAGUCAUCCUUGCCAGGGUUUUUUGAUGACAUCAGCUACCUGGACCUGCUUCCGUGCCGACCAUUUGACACUGUCUUUAUUUUCUAUGUGAGGGCUGGACAGAAAAGCAGCCCUGAGAUCCUGAGGAAUGUGGAGUCAUCGUCCAGCGUCCAGCCUCACUUUUUGGAGUUCCUGCUGUCCUUGGGCUGGCCUGUGGACGUGGGACGCCACCCAGGGUGGACGGGACACCUAGAUACCAGCUGGUCCCUCAACUCCUGCUCCGACAGCAAUGAUUUACAAACAGAGGAAGCCGCUACUCCUGAGGACACAGGAGGCUCAGUGUUCAAUGGGGAGAAGAAAGUCUUGUACUACGCUGAUGCUCUGACAGAGAUUGCCUUUGUUGUUCCAUCUUUGACAGAAAAUUCUGAGGAGUCAUCAGUGCACAGUGACUCCACAGUGGAGGCAGACACCAACACAGACCUCGUGCCUGGUUUACUCAAACAACCCAAUCUCACACUGGAGCUGUUCCCCAACCAUUCUGAAAACCUGGAGUCUGCCAAAAAGCUGAGCCCUUUGGUAAAGACAAAAAGGUCAUCGACUGGAAAGUCUUUCCCACCACUGGGUCCCGAGACAAAGGUGUUUGUGGUCUGGGUGGAACGCUUUGAUGAUAUCGAGAACUUCCCGUUGUCUGAUCUCUUGGCGGAAACCAGCACAGGCUUGGAAGCUAGUCUGAGCAACAGCACUUCCUGCAGGUCAGGGUUACUUGAGAAGGAUGUUCCUCUGAUCUUCAUCCACCCUCUGAAGACAGGACUCUUCAGGAUCCGGCUGCAUGGAGCUGUGGGUAAAUUUGGCAUGGUGAUUCCCCUGGUGGACGGCAUGGUGGUCAGCCGCAGAGCACUAGGGUUUCUCGUGCGCCAAACGGUCAUCAACGUGUGCCGACGGAAGCGUCUGGAAAGUGACUUGUACAACCCGCCUCAUGUGAGGCGGAAGCAGAAAAUAACUGAGAUUGUCCAGCGUUACCGCAACAAGCAACUGGAGCCUGAGUUUUACACCUCGCUCUUCCAUGAGGUGGGGGAGGGAAAGCCUCACCUCUAACACCCUUGUCCUGUCCUAACACUGGCUCACAAGCGCACACAACAACACACACACACACACACACACACACACACACACACACUCUCACUCUUAUCCUAUACUCAUACACCAUUUACAACUGUGUGUGCAUACACACACACACACACAGAAUCUUUAUAUUUAUACUGUACUUUUGUUAUUUAUAUGAAUACAUAUAUCAACACUGUCUGCCUUUGACUCCGGGAGCAAAGUGUCAAAAACCAUGCCAAGGCGGAAAAAGCUACAUUUCUGUGUUGCAGCCACUCAUUGAAGAUUUGAAUAGCUGAAGUUCAGCAGUGACUGUCUUUCUUCAUUUAGGUUCACGCUUUGUGGCAAAAAGGUUUCUGCUUGUCAUUAACUGCAAUACAAUAGUUACACUGUUGGCCUUUCUGAACUUGUAAAAAGUUUGUCCUUUAAACCCUGUGAUAUGAGUGAAUUUCAUGAUGCUUUGGUAAUACAGAGUUGUGUCCAAAAUCCAGAUCUGCAUAUCUGCUUUUGUUUUAAGCGAACAGAUUUACGGUUGGAUUUUUGCCAAGGAGAUAAACAAGUAAGCAUCGUAAAACUGCUUUAUAACACACAUUGCUGCUGCUUCAAGGCAGGUGGCUUCAAAAGAACAAAGAAAUGAUUGACGGCAUUAGCCCAUAAUCUAAUUUUACAACAAGUUGUCACCUACACGCAGAGACACUUGCUAAAGUCUUCCUAGUGCAAACACACAUUCGGCCAUCGCAGCAACUGACUGAGCACACAAACAUUGCUUUUUAUAUAUAUUUUUUUCCAGAUGAUUUAUAGGACGCCUACCUUGUAUUAUUGUAUGUAGAUGUCAUUUUUUGACACCUGUGCUGCUGUCUCUGUGCCAGUCUGAAAGUCAUCCCAUCUCACAGCCACUGCACUGUGUGUGUGUGCGUGAACGUGCGUGUGUGUGUGGUCACAUGUAUGCUUGUUUAGCCAGUCAAAUCAUUUACACUACAGGGAGUCAUAGUGGCCCCUAAAACACCCAUAAAUGACAUUUAAAGAUAAAUUCUGUCACUUUAAACAAAUGAGAAUCUCAAGAUAAUACAUUGUUGAAGAUUUCAAUUUCCUCUGUCAAGACAUAACCCUAGAAUUGGUUUACUCUUACUGCUUGAGUGAGUUUACUGAUAAUGACAAUACUUGUGAAGCUCCUGAAAUUUGCACUUGAUGUUUGCAGGGCUAAAGUGAAAUGACCACAAAGACACUGACGUCUGCCAAUACCAAACAGAACUAUAGCACAGUUAAGUGUCUCGCUCCUCCAAACAAAUCUAUGUAGAUUCAAAGGCCAAAACACUCAAUGUAGCUAACAGCAUUAUACACAACUUGCAUUUUGGCUGAUGAAAGUUUUGUUUGUUUGCUAUUCUAAACCCAGAAAGAGUAUAUUUAACCUUGUCGUUUAUAUUCAGUUUGGAUAACAUAAAUGUGCAGUUUUGCCUUUACACGUUUUUUUUUUUUUUUUUGGCUUUGCAGUUUGUUUCACUUUUGUUUACUCACUGUACUUUGGUUUUGAUUCAAGCCCUCUCACUGUCUGCCUGUAACAAUGUGAAUUUAUUUAUCACAGAGAUGGAACAGGGCAAACACCUCAAGUUUCUUUGUUAUAUUGGAAAGUCUUAAUGCACUGAGCACAUUUUAUGUUUAUUUUCUAUUCCCUUUGGUUACCUUACAUGUCUUUUUGUACUUUUGUGCAUUUUGAAAGAAAACCCUGCUGAAGGAAGAGUUUUAUCUUGUGAAAUAUGAAUGAAGAAGAGGCGUCGUGGAGUUUUUAACCUAUCAUGUCUAAUUGUGCGACUCACUUUUUAUGAUAGUGCUUUAUGCACAUGCCUUUUUUUGGAAGGAAAAAGUACAUUAAAUAUGCUUCAAAGAAACCGCAUACAAUCAGUCAUACAUUGUAUCCUAUGUUACUCCUCUGAUGUUUGAUCAUAUUUAAGGAUUUGCCAUGUACAGAAGUGGAGGAUGAUCUGUAAAUAUAUGAUAGUGGAAGGCAUUUACGAGUUGUCUGUUGCAUUCCUCAUCUGAGAUAGCAAGAAAAGUUGUGUAUGUAUGCAAUUAUGUGUGGGAGGAUCACAAUGAAUGUAACAUGCAUCAAUUAAAACUAUUAUUGACAUUUUAAUUAAUCCCAUUCCUAACAUUUGACUUUUUGUUCACAGCAUGUCUAUGAAAAAUAAAAUUAAG